AUGUACAGUCUCCAAAAUCAUCAUGUACCGCAUGUUCAACAUUGGUUGGAGUUCGAAUUGUCUAGAUUCGCCUUAGAAAUAGCCACAUCGCUUACGUUGCAUAAGCCCAAGGUUUGAGCUUGCAUAGGUAGUACCUAUUCCCCGUCCAUCCCAUCCCCAUCCACCCAUAUAUCAAAGAACUUCUCCUCUCCGGUGUGAGAGAGGUAUGGCGUGAUUCAUGGUAUCUAUCCGAAGCCUCCCUUGAUUUGAAAUCGCCUCUGUUUUACAUAAUAUGACUUCUGCUCGUCGUGUAGGUAUAUAUAUAUAUAUAUAUAUAGGUAGAUACCUGCACUAAGUAGCAAAUAUCAUAACUUCAAACUGCUACCUAUCUUAUUGUCUACAUACCUCUGUACAUCAACCUCUGUAUAUCAAAAACUCAUUGCAAUCUACAUACCUCAAGCCCACCCGUAGUAAACAAACCCACCAAAAAUGGCCAUCACAGCCUCCCCCGUCCCGCGGGGUCCCGUAACCGCGAACCUAAACUUCACCAUCCGGCCCGCGCCCGGCACCGUCGCCUUCAACUACGUCGACACGCCUCCCGCCGGCCAACCGCAGCGCAACCUAGCGCAAGAAGCGCACCCCGUCCGCAUCAGCGACAUCCGGGGCCGAGAAUCAGAAUUCACGCUCGACCGGGACGCCUUCCAAGUAAUCUCGGGCGUCCUCCCUUCCAAAGAGGAGCAGGUGCAGGAGGGGUCCUCAGCAUCCAACUUCACGGACGACGCCUCCAUCGCGGCGCACUACUACCCCGAAGUCGAGCAGCUGCUCCUCUCCUCCAUCCCAGGCAGCACACGCGUCGUCAUCUUCGACCACACCAUCCGCCGCGCCGACCCCUCCGCCCCGCGCCGCGCCGUGCAGCUCGCGCACAUCGACCAGACGGCGACCUCCGCCGCGCAGCGCGUGCGGCGCCACGUCGCCGACCCCGACGAGGCCGAGGCCCUGCUGCGCGGGCGCUACCGCAUCGUCAACGUCUGGCGCACGCUCAACAAGAACCCGGUCGAGUCCAUGCCGCUGGCCUUCGGCUCCAGCGCGUCGCUGAGCCAGGAUGACGUCAUCCCCGUCGAGCACCGCUACCCGAACGGGUACGUCGGCCAGACGGCCGCGAUAGCGUAUAACCCCAGCCAGCAGUGGUACUAUCUCAGCGGGAUGACGGGCGACGAGCGCCUGCUGCUGGAGUGCUUCGACAGUGAGAGUCUGAAGGAAGGGAGUGGCGUUGCGGGUGGGAGAGUGCCCCAUUCAGCUUUUGAGGACCCUAGGACGAGGGUGGAUGCCGAGGGGAGGGAAAGUAUCGAGGUCCGAACCUUGGUUUUCGGGCCAUAAAAGAAAUGAUUCGCAAUAUUGCUAGUCACCUAGUCACAUAUGUAUCAUGGGUAGUUUUUGGUUAUAUCGCGCGGGAGUUGCGCUUGGU